UAAACGUUAAUAGUAUUUCUUAAGGGGAAGUGUUGUUGCAUCAUUGCUCACACAAACAUGAAACACACUGCAUGUACUCUACUGUGGAAAUCACCCUGGGUUUUCAUUAAGCUGAUUUGGGUGUGUUGCUAGGCAACUCGGGGUAACAAGGGGGUUGUAUGUAUUCUUUAGUUAUGUGCAGGUCCCUAUAGAGAUUUCCAGGUAAGUAACAGGCGUGAGAGAGGCUGAUCAGCUGUGACACAAGAAGUUAAGCUCCACAAACUUAACUUUCGUUAAGAGGAGUUUUUCAAGAAAGAAAUUGGAUUAGACCCAGGGAUGACGUAUCCUGUUUGAUUUCUUUUCCCCUUGCGCUCUGACGAGCUUUGUGUUUAGGCAGGCUUUUGUUUCUGGCUCCGAGUUGCUUUAAAAAAAUUUGAGAGUGUGUCUCGGGGUGUCGAGGAUGAUGUGCUUAGCUUGAUUAGCUCGGUUUUCUUGCGAGUGCUUUGUUCUUUCCACCACCCUCAGGUCGGUUGUGCAACAUGCCCCUACCGUUUAAAAAGGAAAAAAAAAAUGCUGAGUAAUGCCAGAGGUUUCUCAAAUGGCUGAUGCAAACCUGGAGAAUUUGCAUCAUCAUUCAGCUGGAGUAACUUGGUAUGACAAGAGCUUAAAUACAAGUCCAUGCGGAAGCUGAGCUGGUUUCCAAUGAUAGGGCAGUACCAGCUCGCAGUGUGAAAGCACAGGUGUUCCUGAGCAGUGCUCAGAUAGCAGUAAAGGCUCAAAUACACUUUAGGGGCUUGCUACCUGUGCGCAGGAGCAGCUCAAAAGAUAAGAGAGGGCAGAGGAAGAGACUAAGCAGUUGGCUACCCAGAGAAGAAAAAACCCUUGAGUUUCUGCUGCAAACUUUUCUGCCUGUGCUUGCUGUCGGUGUGCUGGUGGCACUGUAGCAUGUUUAGGAAAGCUGCUGUAACCACGGUCUCUAAUGGAAGCUACUUGCAGGGGCAAGCUAAUGGCAGGUUGCCCUCUAUGGACAGCGGACAGCCAGCCCAGGAGGGAAAAGUUGUGCUGAAGAAGAAGGUGACGCUUUUGAGAGGGAUAUCCAUCAUAAUUGGCACUAUUAUUGGAGCUGGCAUCUUCAUCUCUCCCAAAGGCAUCCUGAAGAACACGGGCAGCGUGGGCAUGUCCUUGACUCUCUGGACAGUGUGUGGUAUACUCUCGCUCUUUGAUGGAUUUUCUAGGUCAUUUUCCAGAUCUCCAGGUGCCCUCUGCUAUGCUGAACUAGGAACAUGCAUUAAGAAAUCUGGUGGUCACUACAUCUAUAUCCUGGAGGCCUUUGGCCCAUUACCUGCUUUUGUGAGAGUCUGGGUCGAAUUACUCAUUAUUCGCCCUGCUGCCACAGCAGUGAUAUCAUUGGCAUUUGGACGUUACAUUUUGGAACCUUUCUUUAUGCAGUGUGAAAUCCCAGAACUUGCGAUUAAACUUAUUACAGCUGUUGGCAUCACGCUGGUGAUGGUCCUGAAUAGCACGAGUGUCAGCUGGAGUGCCCGCAUUCAGAUUUUCCUUACCUUUUGCAAGCUUGUAGCAAUUCUGAUAAUUAUAGUCCCUGGAGUUAUCCAGCUAAUUAAAGGAGAAACGCAGCACUUUAAAAAUGCCUUUGCAGGGAAUGAUGCCAGUAUUAUGGGAUUACCACUUGCUUUCUAUUCAGGAAUGUAUGCCUAUUCAGGCUGGUUUUACCUCAAUUUUGUUACUGAAGAAGUAGAAAACGCUGAAAAAAACAUACCCCUUGCAAUAUGCAUUUCAAUGAUUAUCGUCACAGUUGGCUAUGUGUUAACAAACGUGGCUUAUUUCACUACAAUCAGUGCUGGGGAAUUGCUGCUUUCAAAAGCUGUAGCAGUGACUUUUGCUGAACGACUAAUGGGAAACUUUUCUUUAGCUGUGCCAGUAUUUGUUGCUCUCUCCUGCUUUGGAUCUAUGAAUGGUGGCAUUUUUGCGGUCUCCAGGAUGUUCUUCGUUGCAUCCCGUGAGGGUCACCUUCCGGAAAUUCUUUCCAUGAUUCAUGUCCGCAAGCACACUCCUCUGCCAGCUGUCAUUGUUUUGCAUCCUCUCACAAUGAUAAUGUUAUUCACCGGGGAUCUCUACAGCCUCCUGAAUUUCCUCAGUUUUGCCAGGUGGCUUUUUAUUGGACUAGUAGUUGCUGGGUUGAUUUAUCUCAGAUAUAAACGUCCUGAUAUGCCUCGUCCUUUCAAGGUGCCUCUAUUUAUUCCAGCAUUGUUUUCCUUCACCUGCCUCUUCAUGGUUGCACUGUCACUUUACUCUGAUCCAGUGAGUACAGGAAUUGGAUUUGCAAUAACCCUGACUGGAGUUCCUGCCUACUACCUCUUUAUUGUAUGGGAUAAGAAGCCAAAGUGGUUCAGAAAGCUUGUAGAAAGAAGGCCUGGUGCGUGUGUAAUACCUAUGGAUGGACACAGUGUGCUGGCUUGGAGGGGAAAGCAAUGGAUGCCAGUCAACAGGGUAACUGUAACGUUGCAGAUCCUCUUGGAAGUCAUCCCAUCAGAGGAAGACCAGAAAUCAUGAUCUUCAUGCACAGCUUUUGGCUUGGUGUUUCAUUUCAACCUGAGGAAGAGGGUAGGGAGAUUUCUCCCCCUACCUAACGUUCUGCACACUGCAGGAGCAAGUCACAGCUGAGAUGGAUACUGAGCGAGUCAGUUACCAGAACUGUAUUUUAUAACGUUGCAAAUAUUGUUUUAAUGUGGUUGGUUUAUAUGUAGAAAGCAAGAACUUGUGCUAUGAGGGAACUAAUCUCUUCACUAUUUCUUUUGUUACAGUGUCAUAUUUUAACAAACUGUAGGUUCAUCAAACUAGGAUUUUGGUUGCAUUAUCACUGAAAAUAGGUUUAAGCAAUGUGUAAAUAAUAGUCAGGUGUACUGUGAAGAAUGUAUCUUGCUUGCUGUCCCUGAAGAACCCAACUCUCACUAGAGAAAGGGUGAGAUAAAGCUGCUGAGUUUAACUUACUAAUGUUCUUCCCGUAACUCCCUUUGGCAGCCUGGUUUGACUUCUUUUGGCUCACUGGGAGCACCAGCACACUGAUGCAAAAGCACAGCGAUUUCCACACGUUUGUGGUGGCAAGUUCAAAGUUUCUUCCUUCCAGAGGUGUUACACUAUAGCUGAUAGGAACAUCUUCUGAGAAUUAAUAUUUCUGCCAGUGGGGCAGGAAUAUUUUACCCUGGGGGCAGUAAUUUCACACACGUUCAAGUUUCUGCCAGUCUGGAAGUGAUUACUGUUUUUACCAAUGUUUCUUUGUGUACAUAUGUGUAGGAAAUACAGCAACUGAAUAAUUGCCUUCAAAUGAGUCAAAACAUGUGAAUGCAACCCCCAUUGCUGUAUGAAUAUCUUCUAUCUGGAAGCAUAUGGACCUGCAGUUAUCAGUCAGGCAAACCAGGUUUUAAAGUUUUAUACCAUUGUUGGUGUGCAGAAAUGAAUAAUAGUUCCCGGUGGGAAUACUCUAUAGACAUGGCAAUAAAUGCAAUACCAUUUUAUGAAUAAGGUAUAAGACAAGCUACAACAGAUUUGUUGAUUUGAGUAGGAUAUGUUCCUAAUCUGUGGGCUUUUUAUUCAAGCACACUCCAGUUAACUGGGCUUGGAAACACCAAGGAACAGGUGCCCUGCCAAUGUCGUCUUCCUGGUUUUAUCUCAGCAGAAACAGAGAAGGCCAUCAAAACUGAUAAAAUCAAAUGCAAUUCAUCUUCAGGAUGAUGUUUGGGCUGAGAUUUGGCUCAAAUAUGAGCUGAAGUUUUGCCCUUUUUUUAAAGACAGUUGUAGAUAAAUAAAUUUUUUAAUGCUUAGAAAUUCAGUUUUAUAUUGAUAGUCAAAGACUACUCAAGCUUAAGAUUAAGGUUUGUUAUCACUCUGUUAAGAAUAUAAUGCUUAAGAAUUGAGUGCACUAUUUUUUGAGCUGUUUAGUAUCAGCAAGUCAUAUGUUUCAUGAAAACUUUUAUGGAACUAAACAACAUUAAACUUCCUAAAUCGGGAGAAAAGCACAACUAGUAGCCAGACCACUACAGUAAAGGGAGACUGACUAUUGUACAAGUGUUGUAUAUAUUCAGAAUAUCUACCAUUUUAAGCACGUACAGUAAAAUGUCUUAACAUUUAUACAUGUUUUUCUUUCUUGUAUUUCUAUGGUGGAAUUUCAUAGAAAUAGGGAAAUUGGAGUAACUGAUUAUGCAGAAGAGAAGUAAUUUAAGACACAAAACAUUUUGCUAACAAUUUUUUCUUUUAAUGUUUUCUGCUUACAGUAACUUGAAGUGUUAUUUGAAACUCUCUUAGGCAAUCAUUUUAAGAGUGAUUUUUAUGUUGACAGUGCAUGUGGUUAAUUAGUAUAUACAUUUGGGUCAGAAUUCUGCUUUUGAGGCCAUCUCCUGCCAUCCCAGUUCACCAGGGGUCUGGCCUGUGUCAUUGGAGACCAUCUUCAGAGUAUACAAACUGCAUUUCUCUCUGAUAAAAAUAGUGCCUGAUGCCCUCCAGGAGCACACCUAACACACUCCUCCGCUAAUGGAUGCUGAGCUCCCACUGGAGCUAGUCCAAAGCAAAACCUCCUGAACAUCAAUAGUGUGGAUGCCAGGUUUUCAGCAUCAACGGUUUCAUUCCAUGCAUUCACUCCUAUUGUGCCACAUUACUUGAAAGUUUAAAUAUUGGCAAUGUUAACUUGUAGAAAUAAAUGGGCUCUGUAAAUAUAA